AUGGAGCGUUGGGCGAACAAGACAGCAGUAGUGACAGGUGCCAGUGCUGGCAUUGGAGCGGCCAUAUGCGUGGGCCUGGCCAACGCUGGACUACGUGUGGUUGGUCUAGCCCGAAGAGCAGAACUAGUGGAUAAUUUAAAGGCAGAUGUAAGGGGAAGUGGCAGUAUACAUUCAAGGAAGUGCGACGUCAGCAAUGUAGACGAAAUCAAAACAACGUUCAAGUGGGUGGAGGACAACUUUGAUGGGACGGAUGUGCUUAUCAACAAUGCUGGAGUAGGGUACCCGGGUCAUAUCACUGAUCUGGGCAAAGGAAAAUUAAGUGACGAGCAAAUACUAGCAACAAUAGAUAUUAACCUAAAAGGAGUUGUGAUGUGCACUCGCUACGCUAUUGCUUCAAUGAAGAAACGCAACUUCGACGGCCAUGUUGUGAAUAUAAACAGUAUUGCUGGACACUACAUACCUUUUAACUCCUCUUUUAACGUCUACCCAUGCACCAAACAUGCAGUGACCGCUUUCACAUCCUCGCUACUCCAAGAGCUCGCCGAUUUCAAGAAUAAAAUAAGAAUCACGAGCAUUUCUCCUGGCCUAGUGAACACAAAAAUUGUGGAUAAAAAUGUCAUCGGCGCAGAAGUACCGAUGCUGCAACCGACCGACAUUGCUGAUGCUGUACUUUACGUAUUGUCGACACCCCCAAAUGUUAACAUUAGUGAAUUGACGAUAGGUUCAGUAGCUGAGAAGAAGAUGUGA